ACAUUAUGACAGGAAAAGCGAAAUAACCGUUCAUAGCAGUUUUAAACAUGGACAUUAAAGAACCUUCAGGUUACGAAGAUUUCGUGUGGGCCGUUGAAAUACAUCGCUUAGGCUUUGAAAUAAUGGGUUUAUGGCCCAAAAAUGACAAAUUUGAUACAAGUAAUUUAUGGUUAAAACUUCGCGUAGGCAUUUUUUUAAGUUUAAUAGUAUUUGUCAUUAUUAUUCCAAUGAUACUUACGGUUAUACAAGUGUGGGGCAACUUGGUACUGGUAGUAGACAAUUUACGUCUUGCAUUACCUCUGACAAUAUCAUUAAUAAAAUACGUCAUUAUGUUGUGGAAACGAACAGUUCUUUUGUCGAUUAUAAAUACAAUAGCGGAUGAUUGGAUGGCAUUCAAAUCAAAUACAGAGAGAGCUGUGAUGAUAAAACAAGCACAAACUGCUCGAGUAAUCAUGGUCAUUGUAUACUUUAUCAUAAUAAUAGGAUGUCUUGGAGCAGUAGUUCCAGCUUUUUUUGGCAUACAAAUGAUAUCAAUAACAAAUCGUACAGAUCAGCACAAGACGUUACUGUUCAUGACAUACGACUUGUAUGAUACCGAUAAGAGUCCGCAGUAUGAAUUGACAUUCUUUAUUCAUGUUAUAUCAUUCGUGAUUGCAGCUACUGUAUUUAUGUCGGUAGAUAGUUUUUUAUUGCUAUUAAUUCUACACAUUUGUGGCCAGUUAAAAAACUUUAGACGUCGAUUAAUUAAUAUGACGUCAUGCAACAACUACAACAAAACUUUAAAUAAUAUCGUAACAUCUCAUUUACGUAUGAUCAGGUAUACAUACAUUACAACAAUAAAACAUAAUAACAAAAAUAAUUUUUACAUUAAAAUUGUUUUCACACGUACUUUAAAUUUUAAUGUCAAAAUUUUAUUGAUAGUUUAAUACAAAUACUAAGUUUUAAUACACAUACAGUCAAAUGA